UAUCAUCAGCUCGUUUAGCGAAUCGGGUCAUGAAGAAGCCGCUUUUUAAUCCGAAUUAACUCUUUAUAUGUUUGAAAAUGGCCUUGAUGGAUAUUUAGGGCAUAAUACAGUUCACAUGAUCCAGGUGGCGCUGUGAUGAAGAUCCAUCGGAGAAUCUUAACCCACUACCUGUCCUGCACCUCACCGGUGGAUAAAGAAGGAUAUCUUUAUAAAAAGAGAGGUAGAAACAAGUCGUACCUGCGCCGCUGGUUUGUUCUGAAAGGGAACUUGCUGUUCUAUCAGGAGCGUCCGGCUGACCGUGGCCUGCUCGGUGUGAUUGUGCUCGAGGGCUGCAUCGUUCAAACUGGAGAUUCAGACGUCUCAUUCUCUCUGGUGUUCACCGGCCCGGGCCUUCGCUCCUAUCAGCUCGCCGCAGACGAUCAGCUGAGCCAGAAGAGCUGGGUGAACGCUCUCCUGUCAGCCAGCCACAUCUACAUCUCACUGCUUGUCAGAGACCUCGCACAGCUUUACGAAGAAGUUAAAGAAGGAAAAAGCCUCGGCAAUUCUUCUCAUUCUUUCACAUCGACAGAUUCCUGUAUGAAAAUGUCCAGCUCCGUCAUCGCCGCUUUCUACGCAGGAUCACCGCAUUUGGCUCAGCAUUCGGCGCCGACGCAUAGAGAUGCAAGAAGCUAUAGUGCAAGCCACGCCUACCCUGGCCACCACACCCACCACGUUCCAUCUGUGCCGAUCAGAUCAGUGAAUAAACGAUCACCAAAACACUGGCCCAAAAGAAAUGCUCAUGUCACACCUCUAAAUGGCCCUGCCCCAAAGUACGGGGAGUGGCCAUUAGUCGGAUUCGACCCAAUGGACGAAUUCGUUAAACUUCAUGAAUAUUACGGAAAUGAGGUGAAGCAGGUGAGAGCUGAUUGGCUGAAGAAGAAACAGCAAGAGGCGGGCCAUAUCGAAGAGGAUCUUAUUGAUCUCGGGUGAUUUAACUGAUCUGGAUUUCACGUAUACCGGAUCUGUCUCAGUGUGAAAUAACGAAUUCUUCAAUGACAAGAUCUACAUACAUACAGUGUCGUAUUAAUGUUUGAUAACCAAUCCACUCUGAUUUUUAGACUCAGCUGUGUACAACCUCACUUUUAUUAUAUGUAAUGAUUUCAGAAUAUUUUAAAUACUGCAGUGAGAUUCUGAUGAAGCAUUCUCAGGCAACAGAAAAGAGAAGGUGAUACUAAAGAAGUACCAAGGAAGUGAGAAGAGAUUCUAGUUGUGCUUCAACUUUUACAGAAAAUGAUCCUGAAGAUUUCUUCUCUUCCUGUUUUGAAUGCCUCACCACAAUUCACUUCUUGAUUUCUGUUCUUAAAAACAACAAGAAACUAGAAAUGCAAAGACUGACCAACUUCAAUUUGUAAAUUUUUCUUCAGCCCCAAACUAUAGUAGACCAGACAAGACAUAGAUUACAUACGAUUCGGAUGACGAUCACAUGAUUUUUAUACAUGGUAAUGCUUUUCAAGAAGGUUCCCUUAACUGGUAUUAUUUAACAUGUAACCAUGAACUUCAGCAUUAAUACACCAUCAGUAAGAUUAGCAAAGUAACUCACACUUGUAAUACACAACAUGCAAUGAGAGAAGGAAGGGUUAAAUAAACUAGCGUACAUUAUUAACGGCAAUCCAUGAAGCGAUGCCAGGUGUCCAAACAAGCUCCAGCGUGGCAACAUGAAAACAGGACAAACCAUAAUCAUAAGACAGAAAAAAAAACCCCUCCACAGGUGGUUCAAAAACUAGAACAUACAGUACCAGUCAAAAGUUUGGACACACCUUCUAAUUAAAUGGUUUUUCUCUAUUUUUAUGAAUUAAAAGUCACUUCAUGUCUUAAAGUAAUGAUGGAUGUCGUUGUUCGGUUCUUGACAUAAUAUGGAUUACUACAGUUGUGUAAUAGGGCUAUUUACUGUAUUUUUAUUAUUUGUUAUUUGAUCUUAAAUGCAUUAAGAAGGCAAGAAAUUCCACUAAUUAUCUUUUGACGAGGCAAGCCUGUUAACUGAAAAACAUUCCAGGUGACUACUUCAUGAAGCUGUUUAAGAUAAUACCAGUAGUGUGCAAAGAGUCAUCAAGGGAAAUGCUGGAUACUUUGAAGAAUUAAAUAAUAUUGGCUGGUGUUGAGUGGUAUAUCAGAUAUCUUCCAUUCAGUUAGCAUGAUACUGAACGAGUGGAAGAUGAGUAGUUGAAUGGAAUAUAUCUGAUAUAACAUGAAAAAAUGCCAGCCGAUAUUAUUAUUAUUAUACAUACACAUUCCUUUCGGAUGUUCAAUGCGUCUUUAUCUUUCAAUAUUCUCUCAAAAUCUUCUGUAUUUAAUGAAGCAAACCUGGCGGCCAUGUUUGUUUACAAAUUGUCAUAGUCGCUCGCUUGCGCUGAAGUUUUACGUCUCUGAUGUGUGACGUCAUGUUGUCUUGACAACCAUGCAAUAUUGUAAACGAUAUUCAACGCUCAUUCUCCUUUGGGUAGAGUGACGUAAUGCACGUAGGAUAAGUGAUAUGCUAACAAUAUUGCAUGCUAUCAAACCAAAUUAAUGAAGCCUGCUAGAAGGGAAUAGAACACAUUUUUAUUCCAUUGAAAAAGUGUCCUGUAUGUAUAAUAAUCUAAGAUCUCAAACAUUAGCACUUUUUUGUUUACCACAUAAUUCCAUACAUGUUCCAUAUGUUAUUUCAUAGUUUUGAUGUCUUCAUUACUGUUCUACAAUGUAGAGAGUAGUCACAAUACAGAAAACUUACGAAUGAGUAAAGUAGGGGUCUACAAACUUUUGACUGCUACUGUACAAAUUCAAACAAACUAAAUAAGGCCUAACUAAACAUGGAGCGGGUGAACACAAUAGGGCAACUAACCAAUGACAGGACUAAGGCAGAGACAGGACCAAAACAGAGACAUGGCAAAGUAAAAUAAAAGGCAUGACGUGAUUAUAGCACUUGUCAAGCUCAGAACUGAGAGAGAAAGGAACUUCUUGACUCAUUAAAUUAUUGAAGAAUAAUAAUAAUAAACCAAAUAUGAAAAAUAAUAAACAACUGCAUUUACCAAUGAGUAAAAUUAAGCACACAGGAAUGCCUUAAUGAAGGCGUUAAUGUAGGUAUUAACCAACAAAAUUGAUGCCAAGCCAGAAUCAGGUUUUAAUAUUUAUAUUGUACCUGUAGAUCAGAGUUCAGCAAGUUGUCAACAUUUACUUUCUGUACAUGCUGUAAUUAAAUUUAUCUGGGCUUGAAUAAACCGUCAGUGCAGGUGUAUUUCAUUAUCACUGAAACUAACGUCAGUUAGUACAUGUGUUAAUUUAGCUGUUAUUACCACUUAUGGUUUAUUAAUUCUUAAAUUCAUGGCUUGUUAAUGUUAAUAUAUUCCAGGGAGUAACUACAGUAAUAAUUGUAGUUGUAGCAGCAUUUAAGAACACAAAGUGUGGACAUUUUGGACCAAAUAUGUAUAUAUGGUGCACAGAUGGUGUUCAUAAUCCAUAUAUUUCAGAGCAAGAGUAUGUAAUGAUUGAGGCAUGCAGUUUGCACAGUGCUAAAUUGGUAGCUAUAACCUUUAAUCAAAUAGUUAAUAGAUAUUGUCACUGCCUAAAAGUGGAGCUCUCGAUAAGUGUAAAAUGUGUUAGUAAAUAAUCCUACGUGAUGUUUUUAAAAGCAAAUUAAGAAUAAGCACAAGAGGGGUGGGGGGAAAAAACAUCUGUCUUAUUUAAAUAAAAGAUACAAAUUUCGUUCUCUGGUGGCCAAGUGUUCAUAAGAUACUUUGCCUUGCACUUACAAUCGGGUUCCCUGUGGUGGUACAGGUAUAUCGCAAAAGCCAUCAAAAAUCACGUCGAUGCAUUACCAAAUUCUCUUAAGUAUGGAGCUUCACACAUGGGGAGCUUGACUACAUUAUAGAAAUAAAACUUUUGGCCAAAUCACUCCUUUAACCAAGUUUCUAUGUAAAAGAUACGAUUAAGGCCAGAUUCCUUUAAUGUACAGUAUUAAAUUUAUGAAACCAGUCCAAACUUAGAACCCUUCUGUUCCUGUACUUCAGUAUUACUGAGAAAGUUGAUGCUAAAGCUCAUUAUAGAGGAUUUUUUUCAUUUACAUUAAUGUUAAUAAUUAAUAUUAUAGAAUAACCAUUGAGAGUCACCUCUCCAUAGAACUUAUUGUAUACCUCAUAUCUGAUGCUUGAUAAACAUUUAAAUGUACAUCAUUAAGCUUUCCUUCUCUACUUCUACUUCAUGCUCCUUAGUCUGUAGCUUUAUGCCUUUCUUGAUCACUUAUUGAAAGAUUGACGAUAUAUUUUUACAUUAUCGUGUAUUUUUUCUGUUGUACAAUAAUGAAAUCAUCAUAUGCAGUUUAAUAUGAGCUGUAUAAGUAUAACUGGCUGUUAAAGUCUGAAAUGCAAGCCAUAGUCUGUAUAUAAUAUAAUUUUUGGUGAAAGCAAUGUGUGAAGAUGAUUUAAUGGCCAACAGGGGGCACUAUUCUCUCUGAAUAUGGGUUAUUAGCUCAGGUUUACCUGCUAAAACGUAAAUUAACCAAAUGGAAUAUAUGAAUGAAACUGAUUUAGUCAGUUUUAUGAUAUCCAUCCUUUUCUCUUUCCCCCCUUCUUUUUAAAUAAAUGAUAUUAUUGUAAACUACCUUUUUUAACCUCAUUGCAAUAAAAUAGCACAAAAAUAUCAGUAAACUUCAUAUAAAGUU